UAGGUAAUGUCACGUGAUACGGAAGGGAAUUCCCCGAAUAGACGAUUCGGGAAGCCUUGGAGUUGAGGGUCGCCCGCUUCACAUGGAGACAGUGGGAUAGAUCUGUAUUGUCAACAUCUCAGCUGUACCUCUACCGAAUAUCAUGGGGAAGGAAGACAAACGUCCCUGCCCUCACUGUAACCCCCCACGUGUAUUCGUUCAAACAAUAAACUACACAAAUGACAUUCAUAUUCUCCAAGUGCCUCCGAAUCACGUCCUUCGGAUAAACACCAUGGUCCAUAUAUACGAGGCAAACGAGCCCCGCCCAGUUCAACCUGACCCCCCUCCAGGGGUGAAGGUCAGAGUGGAGUCCACUGAGAUAUCGUCCAGCAGUGACCAGGUGGUAGUGAGGCACCAUGUGUGGAUAGAAGAGGUUCCACUCAAUACAUCCACAGUUGAUGUGCAUCUUUAUGUGAAGAAGAGGAUUCCUGAUAGCAUGGGUACCCUCAUUUCUGUUCUUGAGGAUGGACCAGUGAGGGAGGACCCUCGUAUUGGACUGAAGGAUUUGAUGGAAGAACGCUUCCUGUUUGGAAAUUCACAAGGGCAAAGUCGGGUGGACACCAAGAGGAACGCAAGAACAAGCAUUGACCACCAUCCAGCAUCCACUCGUCCAGCACCACGACCCACACGUCCAGCUGGGGUGGAUGACUUGUUUCAGCUGGUGAAAGAAAUGGAUGCCUUGGGCAAGAUCGUGGACUGGGUAGAUGCUGUGUCAAGGCAAUAUAAGUGUCCCCCCUUUUCUGGAUAGGACCAGAACAAGUGACCAGGGGACGCACGGAUGGUGCAUUGACCACUGGCCAUUAAAACAACCAUAGGUCAUCGAACUGACCAUUGUAGAGGAAGAAUAUAAAGCUCUCCCGCUCCCUCGAAGCACUCUUACCUGUGUUACAGGUAUCUGUGAUUAGUGUUUUAUUGAUUGACCGUGACACACCAUAGUACAUGCUCCAAUUACUAUAUACAGAUGACAGUUUAAGAUAAGAAUAGUUACAAACUAUAUCUGUUACUAUUAUAUAAGUAUAUAAGAUAUAUAUUUUGGUUUGGUUGUUGGUUAAUGCCCCACUCAGCAAUAUUCCAGAUGUGUUGCAUCUGUCUGUAAAUAAUCGAGUCUGGACCAGACCAUCCAGUGAUCAACAGCAUGAGCAUCGAUCUACGCAAUUUUGGACACAAUGACAUGUGUCAACCAAGUCAGAGAGCCUGACCACCAGAUACCACUGACAGUAAUGUGGUCACUGGCCAUUUCCAUGAUGAGCUAACACUGCCUACAAAACAUGUCCAAAGAACAGGACUGAGUGAGUGAGUUUGGUUUUACGUGGCUUUUAGCAAUAUUCCAGCAAUAUCUCGGUGGGGGACUCCAGAAAUGGGCUUCAAACCUUGUACCCAUGUGGGGAAUUGAACCCGGGUCUUCAGCAUGACGAGUGAACGCUUUAACCACUAGGCUACCCCACCGCCCCUCAAAGAACAGAAAUGUAUCCAGGCUGCAGGAUUGUGUGACACAUGCCGUUGGGUCAUUACUUUUGUUGAAAAGUCAGUGAACCAAAUUGCAUGCAAAUAGGGUUGAGUUGGAGCCAGGACUUGAUUUAAAAGAUGUUAACCUACUUGCACCAGGUGCAACCUAAGAUAAAACUUAGUUGCACCAGUCAAAUUCCAGUUGCACUGCUUUUAUUGCUAUAUGUAGAUGCAAUUAUUUAGUAGGGCUGGAUAAUGCCCUGAUUCUUAUAUUGCGAUAUAUUGCCAUAAUUCAAGAGAUAUUGCAAUAUAUAUUGCGAUAUAUUGACUGGAAGGUUUCUGCCCAAGUGUGUACAUCAUAAAUUCAUAAUAGCUCUCUGUGUGCAACAUCAUCUUAUCAGUUGUUGUUACACAAUACUUUCAGGCUCCCCGUCCCCAUUGUGUAGGGUUGUAUGCCAAUGGUUUACAGAUCAAUAAAUGAUACACAGCCUUAACGUGGAAUGUUUGAUUGAAGUAUUGCAACAGUGUUUUGCGAACAUAAUGGUAAAGGUAAUAGUAUUGCACAAUUUUCAUGGUCAGUGUUACUUGCUUCAACAGGCUGUACUUCAAUGCAGUAUGUAAUUAUUGUUACUGUCUGUCAGUGAUUCGUUCAGAUUCCACUCCAAUAUAAACAUGUGUUAACAUGAACUAUUGCAAAAUGAAACAAAAAACAUGAUUUAGUUUAACUACUUGAGCUUAAAAUCCAAUAACUAAGAUCCUAUACUAGAACGUCAUUAUACAGUCCUUUAGACCUAGACCUUUAUGAUACAUUGAUGUCAUCUGCCCCAUUAUGAAACAAACAAAAAAUAACAAAAUAAUGUGAACUGUGAAAUGGUCACUUCAGAGGCCCUACUAAUAAGUCCAAAUAAACAAAUGGUCCAUUUAAGGCCAUUUAAUUCCUCAAAAUAAAACCAUUCAGAUGUUCAAAUUCCUUUCAUGAAAUUCUUGAGUGAUAUCAUGUGACUGCAUUCCAUUUGAGUGUUCUGUUAGUGAGGCUGUAAACUUCAGAACAUAAAACACGAUGGUUUUAUUCAGAUAGGUGUUGGCCAAUAUUCUGCAAGAUAUAUCCCUGAAGGAAUAACAUUUUGUUAUUGUUUAAUUGAAUUAUGACUAAUACCUAAACAGCUGUUUUGUUAUUGUAUCCAUUACCCCAUAUUCACCUCAAUGUGCUUGGCUGCAGCUAUGUUACAUUCUAUACGCUAGAUCAGACUUGCUGACCAAAGGGACUGGUCAUUUGUUGUAGGUUUGGAUGGUCAGAGGGAUUCAGGAUAGGGUCACCCAAAUUUUUUACCAUCACUUUGGGAGGUUCAAUAAAAAUAACACAUAUUUGGGAAAAGUCAUGAAGAAUUUCACGUUUCUUGAAAAUUAUGAAGUUCUUGUGCAUUUGGCUUUUUCUGGGAAGGUUAUAAACAAUGUACCAGGCAUUGGAAGGCUCAUGCAGAGUGAGUUUAGUUUUUAUGCUGCUUUUAGCAAUAUUCCAGCAAUAUCACGGUUGGGAACACCAGUAAAUAGAAUAAGUGCACCCCAAAAAUUAAUCAAUGUUAAAAAUACUUUGAACAGCUUAAAUUACAGGCAAUAAUUCUUAUUCUUAUCUUCAAUAUUAGACAUCAAUUUACUUUUUGAUUUAUAAAAAUCGUGGUUUUUACCUAGCUGUACAUAGCUUGUAAAAGGAUUUGGGUGUCCAUUAAUAAAAUGGUCAUAUUUGUAUCAGUCAGCAAUAGUGUCUUGUUUAAAAUAUCUAAGGGCAUCAUUUUUUAUGUGUUUCACGUAGCCACCAAAUUCUGAACAUGGGUUGGUCGGGGAAAAAAACUUUUAAAAAACCUUAAUAAAGAGAAAAUUGUCCGAAUAAUGUUGAUACUCAUUUUUUGCAAUUCUUACUACAAUUUCUCAAGUUAGUUGGUCUUGUGCCAGCAACUGAUUAAAACAUUUUAGAUAGAUAAACAUUUUAUAUGACGGGAAAAUGAAAAAAAGUUGAUUUUUUGUUUUGA